AACAAGAGCGCCCCCCCCCCCCCCCUUCAAGAGAGCAGGGCCAAGGUUCACAGGAAGCUGGGGGGCUGCCAUUUUUCCCCUGCCGCUGCUGCUGCUAACGUUUAACGGUAGAUGCUAAAGCGACGGGAGGGGCGGCUGGUUCGGGCUUUUCUAGCUAGCUGGCCUCGCUCGAUCGGGACCGUUAACGCGCAAUCCGUCAUUCCUCCGACGGUCGACGCCAGCGAGCCUCGCCGUUUGAUGAAUUCGGUAUGGAGAAGGUAGCGGAGCCGUCUUGGACCCCUUCGUACACCUACCAGGUGAGCAAGCACAGCGCGGAGAUGCUACACAACCUCGACGCUCAGAGGAAAGAUGGAGGCAGGUUCUGCGACGUGAUCCUGCGCGUCGGCGAGGAGAGCUUCCCCGCUCACAAAGCGGUGCUGGCCGCCUGCAGCGAGUACUUCGAGGCGGUGUUCGGCCGCCAGGCGGAGGGCGAGGGCGACGCCAGGGAGCUGGAGAUGCACACGAUCAGCCCGAAAGUUUUCAAAGACAUCCUGGACUUCGCCUACACCUCCCGGAUCGUGGUUCGGCUGGAGUGCUUCCCGGAGCUGAUGACGGCGGCCAAGUUUCUGCUGAUGCGCUCCGUCAUCGAGAUCUGCCAGGAGGUCAUCAAGCAGUCCAACGUGCAGAUCCUCGUCCCGACCACCCGCGGGGGAGAGGCCAGCCUCUUCCAGGCCGCGGGCGCCGCGGAGCUGGGCUUCCCCGCGGCUCCGCAGGAGCUGGCGAACGGAGCGGGCUUGCUGCUGAACGGCCAGGGCUUUGUGAGCGGCGCGCCGCUGCGUGCGGACGACGGCGGAGACGCGCCGGCCGUGCUGCUGGAGAACGGCGGCGAGUCGUCGGCGGUGCCCAUGCUGGAGCCCGUCGACGGGCUCUCCGCGUCCCCGCCGGCGGACAUCACGGGGGGCAUGUUCCACCACGACGCCGGCUCGCCCGGCUCCAAGCGCGGACGGGGGAGACCCAAGAAGGAGGCUGCUGCCCACUUCAACCACAUCGCCCUGAAGGACAAUGGACAGCUGUUUCCCUGCGGGGCCUGCGGCAAAGCCUUCACGGAAGCGUCGCGCUUAAAGAACCACGAAGCGCAACACGGAGCCUCCACCGGGGGCGUCCACGGCCUCGCGGACGGCCUGUCCACGGCGGGCGGCUUGUCCCUGCUGUCGCAGUCCGGGCUGCUGGAGAACGGCAUGCAGCUGCCCGGCGGGCUGGCGCUGGACGGCAGCCGCAAGCGGGAGCGCACCCGGCGGCACGUGGGCUGUGACAUUUGCGGCAAGGUGUUCCGGGACGUGUACCACCUGAACCGACACAAGCUGUCCCACUCGGGGGAGAAGCCGUACGCGUGUCCCGUGUGCGGGCUGCGGUUCAAGCGCAAGGACCGGAUGUCGUACCACGUUCGCUCCCACGACGGCUCCGUGGGCAAGCCGUACGUGUGCCAAAGCUGCGGGAAAGGCUUCUCCAGACCAGACCACCUGAAUGGACACAUUAAACAAGUUCACACGACAGAGAGACCCCACAAGUGCCAGAUAUGCAACGCCUCCUUCGCGACAAGAGAUCGCCUCCGGUCGCACCUCGCGUGCCACGAGGACAAAAUUCCCUGCAAAGUUUGCGGCAAGUUCCUGCGAGCCGCCUACAUGACGGACCACCUAAAGAAACACAGCGAAGGGACUCACAACUACUGCGGCAUUUGCAAUAAAGGUUUCUCCACAGCAUCCUAUCUUAAGGUGCAUAUAAAGACACACCAUGGCUCAUCACUGCCCACUUCUGCCACAAUGCACACCUUCCCUGAUCCAAGGGGACAGCUGCAGAUGCACAACGGCACCCCUUACCAAACGGGACGCCAGUGCUCAGUGGAAGACGGACAGGAAAACGCCGGCAAGUGUCCCCACCUGGAGUCGGAGGAGUUGGACACUUCGCUGCGGGAGUUGUCCAACGUUGACGAGCUCAAGUCUCCGAUCAAGUCCGACGGCCCGAAGCUGGAGGUGCCCUCCUUGGACUGCAACGGGGCUCCCGGCGGGAUCCUCGGCUCUCCGGAGGCUUCUAAAGCCAACGCCGACCCCGAGAAGAAGUUCGCCUGCGGGAUCUGCGGCCAGGCGUUUCGCACCAAGUCCUACCUCAACAAGCACCAGCACCGGGUUCACAAAGCCCAGAGGACCCACGGGGUCUCGGGGUCCGGUUUAAGCGAGGUGGCCCCCUCCCUGACUUCCCCCUUCUCCCCCCAGCAAAACAUGUCUCUCCUGGAGUCGUUCGGCUUCCAGAUAGUCCAGUCUGCUUUCGCCUCGUCUCUUGUGGACGCCGAGGCGGGUCAGAGUGGGAUGGACUUUGGAGGGAAGUAACGUGUUUUGCCGUUUGGCCUCUUCCUUCGUAGGACACAGCCGGGUCGCCCACAGAAGACGCUCCUGUGUUUGGGAAUAACUUUGCCUCAAGACUACUCUUUCUGUCUCUUCGCUUGUUGUGCGUCCAUCGUGUUCGUCAGAAACCGCCAUCGAAGUCCGACUUUUUUUUUCGCCUUUCGAAGUUUGCGUGUAAAGAAAUGACCCGUUUUUGUUUGUUUGUUUGUUUUUUUAUCCCCCACUGAUGUUGGUCUGUGAAAGUUAUGUUACAUUUCUUUCUCUAAUGGUUUUUUUUUUUUCCUGAGCUCUCUCAGCUGCACAAAUGUUCUCCUCAUGAGACGAAUUAUUGACUCUACUUUGUCAGGAGUAGUUGUUAACUUGCUCACUUUAACUGCUCUAGCGAGCUUAAAAAAAACGGAUCCUUGGCCAUCCCAGCGAUUACAGAUGUCUUUACCUCAGAGCACAAGCAGGGCUUACAUCUAGAUUUAAGUGUUUUUUUUUUUUCUUCUGGGCAGGAAUUUAAAUUUGGCUUCAGUUCUUCUUUUUUUUUUUUUUUUUAAAUCUGUUUCAUGGUGAAGAUGAAGCAUACCUAACAAGGCUGAUGCUAUUUGAGAACGUGAGACAUGCAGCGCCCGACUCGCUCAUUAUCACCCCUGGUAAAGAU